CAUACCAAACACACUUCUCUCUGUGUACUAGCAAUGUCUCUUGCUUCCUUUUUCUCUACUUCACUACACAAUAACCAUCUCCAAAUUUCAACCAAAAUUCCAACAAAAAUGAUCCCCAACAAAAACACUAUAACUUCGUCAUCAUCACCACCACCAGUUACAAAAACACCCAUAACAACACAACCAACAUCCUUACCCACGCGUACCAUACCGGGCAGCUAUGGUCUGCCUUUAUUGGGACCAUUAGCUGACCGGCUUAACUACGCGUGGUUCCAAGGCCCAGAGUCCUUUUUUAAAAAAGGAAUAGAGAAAAAUCAAAGUACGGUUUUUCGUACAAACGUUCCACCUAGCUUUCCUUUCUUUUUAGCCAAUCCUAACGUUGUUGCGGUUUUGGAUGUGAAUUCAUUUGCUCAUAUGUUUGACAUGGAGUUGGUUGACAAGAAAAAUAUAUUAGUUGGUGAUUGGAUGCCUAGUACUAAAUUCACUGGUGAUAGGAGAGUUUGUGCUUAUUUAGAUACUUCUGAACCUCAACAUGAAAAGAUCAAGAACUUUGCGAUGGACACGCUCAAAAGAAGCUCCACCAUUUGGAUUCCGACUCUAAACACUUUACUAGACAAAAUGUGGGACACUGUUGAGUCAGAAAUAUCCAAUGGCCCUGUUAGUUACCUUGUUCCCAUUCAGAAGUUCUGCUUUUCCUUCUUGUCCCUUUGCAUAGCCGGUGCUGACCCGGCUAACUCACCUGAUAUGGCUGAAAACGGGUACAUACGCAUGGACCGUUGGCUUGCAGUUCAGCUCCUUCCCACCGUCCCGAUCACUGCUUUCCAACCGUUAGCAGAAAUCUUCCUACAUUCAUUUUCUUACCCUUACUUUCUAGUGAGUGGGGACUAUAACAAGUUGUAUGAGUUUCUCGAGCAAGAGGGCAAAGAAGUGAUUGAACGAGGCCAAACUGAGUUUAAACUAAGUAAAGAAGAUACUAUCCAUAACCUCUUGUUUACCCUCGGGUUCAAUGCCUUUGGUGGGUUUUCAAUCUUUCUCCCGAGUUUGUUAGCUGCAUUAGGGUCAGACACCACCGGGGUUCAAGAAAAGCUGUGCAAAGAAGUAAGAGAAAAGGCCGGGUCGGGUCUGAGCUUCUCGUCAGUUAAAGAAAUGGACCUUGUUCAAUCAUUCGUCUAUGAGACACUGAGAUUGAACCCGCCUGUACCAUUGCAGUAUGGGCGGGCCCGGAAGGAUUUUGACCUGAGUUCACAUGACUCGAUUUUUAAAGUGAAGAAAGGAGAACUUUUAUGUGGGUAUCAACCUGUGGUAAUGAGAGAUCCAAAGGUGUUUGACGAUCCGGAAACAUUUGUUCCAGAUCGGUUUACUAAGGAAAAGGGUAAAGAGUUGUUGAAUUAUUUGUAUUGGUCAAAUGGGCCACAAACCGGGAUGCCAAGUGUGUCGAACAAACAGUGUGCGGGAAAAGACUUUGUUACCCUCACGGCGUCAUUGUUUCUGGCACACUUGUUUCUAAGGUAUGACUCGGUUAAAAUAGCAGACGGUUCAUUCUCAGUUGUUGAGAAAGCAAAGUGACGGGAUAUAUAAGAAAGUAUCAUUAGAGCGAAGCAAUGAAUCAAAUCUAAAGAAGUAUUCGAUGGAGCAAAACAAAGACUAAUAAAAGCACCCAUGAGAUUUUUUACCUUUUUGAUUUGUGCUUUUAAAGUAUGUAACUAAUGUAAGUAUUGUGAAUAAAAAACAUUGUGGAUAUCUGGAUGAGCAAUCCAUCAUUCCAGCAAA